AGGCAAAAAGAGGCACACGAAGCCGUGAAGUCGACCUGCAGUGCGGUGUAAAGUCUCCUCCGGUGCCGCUGCCUGUCUCCCUGGCUGUCUCUCUCUCUCUCUCUCUGGGGGUGUCCACCUGUCUCUGUCUCUCUGUCCUUCUCCCGGUACCGUUUCGGGUCGAGACGCCAUUUCUGCUUCAGAAGAGAGUCAGUUGUGCGUGUGAACGACAACCAAACCCCGGCGGGACCAUGUUGACCAUGCUGACUUCCAUGUAUCUGGUGGUGAGGGCGGUUUCUCCGCAGCCCGAACCGAUCCGCGUUGUGGUGACCGGCGCCGCGGGCCAGAUCGCCUACUCCCUGCUGUACAGCAUCGCCAAGGGAGAUGUGUUCGGGAAGGACCAGCCAAUCAUCUUGGUCCUGCUGGACAUCCCCCCCAUGCUGCCCGUCCUGGACGGAGUCGUCAUGGAGCUGCAGGACUGCGCCCUCCCGCUGCUGAGGGAGGUGAUCCCCACUGACAAGGUGGAGGUCGGCUUCAAGGACCUGGACGCCGCCAUCUUGGUGGGCUCCAUGCCCCGGAAGGAGGGCAUGGAGAGGAAGGACCUGCUGAAGGCCAACGUGGCCAUCUUCAAGACCCAGGGGGCCGCCCUGGACAAGUACGCCAAGAAGACCGUCAAGGUUCUGGUGGUCGGGAACCCGGCCAACACCAACUGUCUGAUCGCCUCCAAGUGUCCAUCCAUCCCCAAGGAGAACUCUCUGCCUGCCCGGCUGACCACAACAGGCCAUCCCGGCCUCCACACACCGCACAGAAGCGAAACCAGCGUGGCGAUGCGUUGCGGCGUGUCCUCCGACAAGGUGAAGAACGUCAUCAUCUGGGGGAACCACUCGUCCACCCAGUACCCCGACGUCCACCACGCCAAGGUCAACGUCCACGGCAGCGAGACGCCCGCCUACGACGCCGUGAAGGACGAGGCCUGGCUCCGAGGAGACUUCAUCUCCACGGUGCAGCAGCGCGGCGCCGCCGUCAUCAAGGCCAGGAAGCUGUCCAGCGCCAUGUCCGCCGCCAAGGCCAUCUGCGACCACAUGAGGGACAUCUGGUUCGGCACCAAGGAGGGCGAGUUCAUCUCCAUGGGGGUGUACGCGGCCGGGAACUCCUACGGGAUCCCAGAGGACCUGAUCUACUCCUUCCCCGUCGAGAUCAAGAACAAGACGUGGAAGAUGGUCGACGGACUCCCCGUCAACGACUUCUCCCGCGCCAAGAUGGACGCCACGGCGGCCGAGCUGGUGGAGGAGCGGGACACCGCCAUGGACUUCCUGUCCCAGUGACUGUCCCGCCCCGCCGACCUACAGCCGUCAGCCCCCCCGAAGGCCCGCGGCUCGCGGCUCUGA